CACUAAUUGGGCUCCCGUGGUGACGUUUCGAAAUCAUAGUCUUUAAUUAGUAAUUACUAUAUCAAUUCUACUUGCUUUAUACGUUUUGCUUUUAUUGCUCCCAUUUGUUAAUCCCAUCGAUCUCGCCAUUAAUUGAUCAUAAUUAUAUUAAAAUUAAUCUAAUUAAUAAUUACCUAGAUUAAUUGAUCAUAAUACUUGCUAAUCCCAUGCAUAUAGAUGCCGGCUAAGGCAACAAGUCUUUUGGUCAACUUAUGGAGUUUACCACGUCAUAAGUGCUUUAGCUUCGGGUUUCGGUUGCAGUCUAACCGAACCAAACCUGGUAAGGAAAUCUUCGGGUUUACCCAAAACCCGAAACUUCCCAUAUCGGGUUCGGGUUCGGUUUGUAAAUAGAGCGGGUUUCGUCUUUUCGGGUUUGGUUAGUUCGGUUCGGUUACCCAAACCCGAACCGUUCCGACAACCCUACAAAUUAGUAUACCAACUUCUAACCUUGUUCUUUCAACCUAAGGGUGUGCCACAUAACUCCCGACCAACAUACUACCUCCACCUUGAUCACGUGGUUUCGGUUAAAACCGAAAACCAAAUCAAACUCUCAACCUUGAGUGAGGGAUUGUCAAAUAAAGGUAAGCAAAAUCGAAAAAAUAUAAAGACUUUUAGUAUGGUAUCGUCGAUAGACACUUAUCUAUUCGACUUUUUUCCUUUGAUUCAGGCUCAACAUUUAUAUGGGUUUGAUCACUCAAACCCUACCUAUUUACAUAAAGGUACUCAAUCAAUUAAGAGGGAUAACUUUGGGAGACUGACGGCCAGGGAAGAGGCAGCUUAGGUUUCACAAAUCCCAACAAGAUAACAAGAAGCGAAAAGAAAAAGAGAAAAUUAGUUGGAACUUGGAAGCACGUCGGUAAUCCGCCACGUGUCCGCCCCUUAUACGUGGCGGAGCAACCCGGUCCCUUCUGGGAUCCGUUGGAAUGAAGCAAGACCCACACUGUGUCCAGAUUCAUUCUCGGCUCCCUUAAAGUCUCUUUUGCCUCCUCUUCCUCUGCCUUCUUCCCCGGAGGAAAAGCUCAGAAAACACUUCGCCUUUUUCACCCCCACAGCUCACCAGUUUUUGCAGCCGUUUACAUAUCUCUCAACUCUGCCAUUCUCGCCUUUUUCUUCUGUACCCUGUUUUCUUUCUUCUCGAUGCAAGAGGAGAUGAUGAGCCAUCAGAGGGUUCUUCUGAAAGCGCCUGAGAUGCAGCAUCUCAGCUCGGACGCUGCUCCGUAUCACGUUGUUCACAAGCUUCCGCCUGGCGACGGCCCUUACGUUCGAGCUAAGCACGUUCAGCUAGUAGAAAAGGACCCAGAAACCGCAGUUCAGUGGUUCUUGAAAGCCAUUAGCGCUGGAGACAGAGUCGAUAGUGCCCUCAAAGACAUGGCACUGGUGAUGAAGCAACAAGAUAGAGCCGAAGAAGCUAUUGAAGCGAUAAGGCGGUUUAGGCAUCUCUGCUCCAAGCAAGCUCAAGAGUCACUUGACAAUGUCCUCAUUGACCUUUACAAGAAAUGUGGAAGGAUGGAAGAGCAGAUUGAGCUGUUGAAGCAGAAGCUUCGGAUGAUUUACCAUGGAGAAGCGUUUAAUGGCAAGCCGACUAAGACAGCUCGCUCUCAUGGGAGGAAGUUCCAGGUCACAGUCAAGCAGGAGACUUCUCGGAUACUGGGGAACUUGGGUUGGGCAUAUAUGCAGCUUGGAAAUUACUCAGCUGCAGAAGUAGUGUACCGUAAAGCUCAGGUAAUCGACCCCGAUGCCAAUAAGGCCUGCAACUUAAGCACGUGCCUAAUGAAGCAAACUCGAUUCGCUGAAGCACGCUCAGUGCUCGAUGAUGUAGUGCGCGGCAAGCUUCUUGGACACGACGAUCCCAAGUCGAGAAACCGUGUGGAGGAGCUACUCCAAGAAAUGGAGGAUAUGUGCCAAUCACCAUCCGCCUCGCCUACCCCUAUUGGAUCGAGCUUAGAAGAUGCAUUCGCCGAGGGACUAGACCAGUUGAUGGGGCAAUGGACACCAUACAGAUCUAGGAGACUCCCCAUUUUUGAAGAGAUCUCCCCUGUCAGAGACCAGUUAGCCUGCUGAUCUAUACAUAUAUACAUACAUACUCUUUGCCUCUUUCGAUUUGGGGUACCCUUGGCACAACUUUAUCAAUCCCUUCUUGAUAAAAGCUGUACAGAGACGGUAACUGGGGGUGUUUGUACGACCGUUUUGAUGUGUGUCGCGUUCCAAUUUUAUCGGAUGUGUGUGGAGGAAUAGAAAGCAUAGAACUUCAGUGUUGGUGAACAUCAUUUGAGUGAGUAUCCAUUGAUGAACCUCUGUUCAAUUGUGUAACAAACCGUACAUGUGAUG